AUGGGCGAUGGAGUAAGCGUGCUUGUGCUGUGCUGUUCUUGGCAUAAACUGGGGCCUGUUGUUCUCCAGCGGAGUUCAGGAGCUUUUGACGUAUUAUCUAAUCACUCUCCAACUCGGAGAGACCGUGCAAUCUGGACUCCCGAAGAGAUCAGCCCCACUGCAUCCCCAGAGUCAAUAAAUCACCACCAACAACGACAACAGUCUCAGGACCACCGGGUUCACGAGCCACAGCAGGAACCAUCUGAGGGCAAAACCGUCCCCGAUGGUGAGCCGAGGCUGCCCAAGUCCCAGUGGGUCGUCUACAUCAAACAGCUUCAACAAGCUCGCGAGGUUGAGGUGGCCUGGGCAAGGGCAAAGCCCUCCAUUUACCUGAUCCCGAGUUACCUCAAGGAUGCCGAGAAGGAUGCCUACGUCCCCCAGAUCGUCUCCCUCGGGCCGUAUCACCACGGUGAUAAGCGCCUCAACCAGAUGGAACAGCACAAGUGGCGCUGCCUCCGCCGCAUCCUCGAGCGCACCAAUCACCAGGUGGACUACUAUCUAGGCUCAGUGAAGACGGUCGAGGAGAGAGCUCGCACCUGCUAUGAUGAAAAAUUCUCAUCCAUGAGCAGCGAAGAGUUCGUGAAGAUGAUGGUUCUUGACGGGUGCUUUGUGAUUGAGCUGCUCCAGGGAGUCAAGGGAGGGUUCAAGGCACUCGGCUACCCUCGCGAUGACCCCGUCUUCUCCUCGAUGGGGGGAUUGAUGCACAGGAUCCGGCAGGACAUGAUCAUGCUCGAAAAUCAAAUCCCACUCUUCAUACUCGACCGGCUGCUUGGCCUCCAACAAGGCAACCCCAACCAGAAGGGGCUCGUGGCCAAGCGGACAGUCCGGUUCUUCGAACCUCUGAUGCAGACAGACGAGCAUAGCCGCACCAAGCUGAAGUACGACCCACUUUUCUACGAGGGUGGGCUCCACUGCCUCGAAGUGUACAGGCGGAGCCUCCUGCGCUUGGGCACGAUGCCAGAGGCGAGGACGUGGACUAAGCGGGGGUCACGGAGGCGGCAACAGCACAUCCGCUCUGUGGUGGAGCUCCGGGAAGCUGGGAUCGAUUUCAAGCAAAGGAAGACGGACAGGUUCUGGGACAUCAAGUUUAAGUGCGGGACCCUCCGGAUCCCCCGGCUUCGGAUCCACAGCGGGACGAGGUCGCUCUUCCUCAACUUGAUAGCCUUUGAGCAGUCUCACUUUGAUUGCAGCAACGCCAUAUCCUCGUAUGUAACCUUCAUGGACAACUUGAUCAACUCCCCCGAGGAUGUUGGGUACCUCCACUACUGCGGAAUCAUUGAGCACUGGCUUGGUAGCGACGCAGAGGUCGCUGACCUCUUCAACCGGCUUUGCCAGGAGGUGGCCUUUAACAUCAACGACAGUUAUCUCUCUGAACUGUCUGCUGACUUGAACAGAUACUACAGCCUUAAGUGGAAUAAUUGGAGAGCCAGUCUCAAGCACAAUUACUUCAACAAUCCCUGGACAAUCAUUUCGGUCAUGGCUGCCUUUGUGUUGCUUGUGCUUACUUUCACACAGACCUUCUAUGGAGUCUAUGACUACUACAGGCCUGGUUCGUGAUUUCUCAUACAGUGGAAAUCAUUUGAUCAGGGAUUUACGAAUGAUAAAGUUCUGGUGAAAAUCUGGGAAUUAGGAUUGUGGCUAAUUACCUAUUUGCAUGCUCAAUAUGUGGUGGUCUCGCCUCUAAAAAGAAUAUGCGGUGGUGGUCAAACUCAGACCGCAUAAAUUAUAUUCGGCCAGGUAGUUUUGUGUUCAAUAUAGUUAAACUCAACUAAUAGUGUCCGUUAAGAUGAGAUUUAGGAUCAAGUGUGUGCCUUAAUGUUGUGUUUAGUCAUUGGA